AUGGCGGCGUUUGGAUAUCCAUCCUCGAUCAUCGGCGUCACCCUCGCACAGCCAUCGUUCCUCUUCUAUAUGAAGCUCAUCGACCCCGCGACGGGAGAGAAGGCCCACAACGCCGACUCUCUGAUCGGGGCCAUGUCUGGUGUCUUUCAGGCCGGAGCCUGUAUAGGUGUCAUGAUGACGAGCGAAAUCAUGGACAGGUGGGGACGAAAGGCAGCAGCAGCAUUCUGUGUGGUCACGAGCCUCAUUGGCGGUGCGGGUCUGACUGGUUCGGUCAACACGACCAUGUUCAUUAUAUUCCGCUUGAUUGCUGGAGGAGGAGCAUGGGGGUUCCUUACACUCAUUCCGGUCUACGUGGCCGAGUUGGCACCGCCAAAAUUGCGAGGCUUCUUUGUCGGCCUGAUCGGGGUGUUCAUCAACGUCGGCUACUCCAUCGCCACUUACAUGGGUCUGGCUUUCUACUAUGUUGAAAACAACCCGGGCGCGCAAUGGCGAGGGCCCCUCGGUCUUGCGCUGAUUUUCCCGGCCAUCCAUAUGCUAGUCGUCUUGUGGGCGCCAGAGUCGCCACGGUACCUGUUGAUGAAAGGCCAGGUCGAAGACGCCAAGCGGAUCGUCAUGGACAUCCACAAAGUGCCCAACGACCCGGAUCAAGAAUACGCCCGUGGUGAGUUUUACCAGAUGCAGAAACAGGCAGAGUUCGACCGGAGUCUCGCGCCGACGUACCGGGCCAUGUUCUUCAAAAAAUCGUACCGCCAGCGGAAUCUGUUGGCCUGUGGUUUCGCUUUCCUGGGGCAGUCCACUGCGGUCCUGGUCAUCAACAAUUAUGGUCCUACGCUGUACGGUGCUCUUGGAUACGGCACCGUGGAUCAGUUGAAGCUCCAGUGCGGAUGGAUCACCAUUGGCAACUUUGCCAACCUUUUCGGUGCUGUGAUUAUAGACAGGGUGGGUCGACGCCUUCUCAUGCUUGGAGGUAUCUUCGGCUGCUGUCUUUGCCUGAUCAUCGAAGCCGCCAUCGUUGCCAACUUCGCCAGCCCGGUGCCCACGACGCCGAACCUUUCCGCGCUGCGGGCCGGUGUUGCCAUGUUGUACCUCUUCCUCCUGUGCUACGGCUGCGGCGUCGAUGUCGGUGGCGUCGUCUUCUACAGCGAAGUCUUCCCAAACCAUAUUCGGGCAAGGGGUGUGGCGAUGGCCAUUUGUGUGACUUCUCUGGCCGAUCUCAUCUACCUCCAAGUGGCCGCCACGGCAUUCGCGAACAUUGGCUGGAAGUUCUUCCUCGUCUUCAUCAUCAUUUCCGGCCUCGGCGGCAUCGUAGCUUUCUUUGUAAUACCAGAGACGAAGGGAUUGCCACUCGAGGAGAUCUCCGCCAUCUUUGGAGAUACCGACGAGGUUGUCGUCUACUCGGAGGAUAUCCACGUCGACCAUCAAACGCAUGAUCUCGUCGUGGACGUCCAUACUGGCAAAACGGUUGGGGACCCUGGGGGUGAACCCAUCCGGAAGGUAGCAACAGAAGCACCAGGGGAUCAAGGAGACAACAAAAUGGAGGCAGCUCAUGUCGAAGGUUCUGAGUUGAUAACUUCAUCGACAGAAAAAGACACCUGA